AAUGCACUAAAAGACAAAGUGAGAUUUCAAUGAGAAAAUCAGCACCCGUCAGCAAAAGAUUCCUUUUCUCCUUGACCUUCUCUUCCAACCACUCAUUUUCUCUCUCUCACCAUUUUCCCGGGAAAAUAACUGCCUCAGCCACCAUAGCUAUUCACUACUCCAAAUAGCUAAUAGUAUGAGCAUGAGCGUGCUCUCAUGCCAACGCUCUACAAUGUUAGCAGCUCAAAACAAGUCUCCAUUUCUUCACAGAUUUCGAUCCUUCAAAUCUCACCGUUCCAGAUUCCGGUGUUUGCUGGACCAAAUCGCUGUUCCGACAUCGUUGACGCCUGUUAUCACCUCCGAUAAUUUAAUCGCCGCCGCUGCCAAGGCUGUUUCCGUCCACAGCGCCGUUUCCUCCGCCAUCACACAGGUCGCCGUCACCGCCUUCGCAAUUGCUUCCGGUGCUUGUCUUUCCACCAAGGUUGAUUUCCUAUGGCCCAAACUGGAGGAGCAACCAGGUACCAUGCUGCAGGAUGGAGUAGAUGUUACUGGCUACCCUAUAUUUAACGAUGCAAAGGUACAGAAGGCUAUAGCUUUUGCAAGAAAAGCACACCGUGGCCAAACGCGGAAGACAGGAGAUCCUUAUUUAACACACUGUAUCCACACAGGAAGAAUUUUGGCUGCGUUGGUUCCAUCAAGUGGUAAACGAGCUAUUGACACUGUUGUGGCUGGUAUUUUACAUGACGUGGUUGAUGAUACUUGCAAAAGACUGCAUGACAUUGAGGCAGAGUUUGGGGAUGACGUGGUCAAGUUGGUAGCCGGUGUUUCAAGGUUAAGUUAUAUUAAUCAGCUAUUACGCAGACAUAGGAGGUCGAGUAUGAACCAGGGUGUCCUUGGCCAAGAAGAGGCAAGCAAUUUACGAGUGAUGCUGUUGGGAAUGGUCGAUGAUCCACGUGUUGUGCUCAUCAAGCUUGCAGAUCGGCUCCAUAACAUGAGAACAAUUUAUGCUCUGCCAUUGCAAAAGGCUCAAGCUGUUGCAGAGGAGACCUUAAUUAUUUGGUGUUCACUUGCAUCAAGAUUGGGUCUGUGGGCGCUGAAAGCUGAACUGGAAGAUUUAUGCUUUGCUGUUCUACAGCCUCAAAUAUUUCAAAAGAUGCGAGCUGAUCUGGCUUCCAUGUGGAGUCCUGCUAACAGAACAGGAAAUCUGAGAAGAUUCUCUGUAAAAGGCAACUUGAUACCUUUGAAUGAGAACGGUUCAACUUCUUUCUACACUGAAUCCUUGUCAUUCAAUGAGGAUGUAAGUAUGAAGGAUCUCUUGGAAGCUGUAGUCCCUUUUGAUAUAUUGUUGGAUAGGAGAAAACGGGCUAACUUUCUCAGUGGUAUUGGGAAUAAUAUGAAGACAUGCACUAAACCAAAGGUUGUUCAGGAUGCUGGGUUAGCUUUGGCAUCAUUGGUAAUUUGUGAGGAAGCACUUGAACAAGAAUUGAUUAUAUCAGCUUCUUACGUUCCUGGAAUGGAAAUUACAUUAUCAAGCAGAUUAAAGAGCCUGUAUAGUUUAUACAGCAAGAUGAAACGAAAGGAUAUAAGCAUUGAUAAAGUAUAUGAUGCACGUGCAUUAAGAGUAGUUGUGGGAGACAAGAAUGGAACUUUACAGGGGCCUGCAGUUCAGUGUUGCUAUAGUCUACUUGACAUUGUACACAGGCUUUGGACUCCAAUAGAUGGUGAAUUUGAUGACUACAUCAUUAAUCCAAAGCCUAGUGGCUAUCAGUCCUUGCACACUACAGUUCAAGGUCCUGAUAACUCACCUUUAGAAGUACAAAUAAGAACACAGAGGAUGCAUGAGUGUGCAGAACAUGGACUUGCCGCACAUUGGCUUUACAAGGAAACUGGAAAUCCUUUUUUAUCCAUAGACAGCAUGGAUGAACCUGAAACAGAAGCAUCCUCCUAUUUCACCAAAGAUAUAGAAGAAGAAAAUUCUUCGGAUAUUUUAUCAAGUAAAUACAAGUCAUUGAAGGCUGGGCAUCCAGUCCUCAGAGUGGAAGGAAGUCACUUACUUGCUGCUGUUAUCAUCAGUGUAGAAACUGAUGAAAGAGAAUUGCUAGUUGCUGUGAGCUUUGGGCUAGCAGCUUCUGAAGCAGUAGCUGAUAGAAGAUCUUCUUUCCAGAUUAAGCGAUGGGAAGCUUAUGCACGACUAUACAAAAAGGUGUCUGAUCAAUGGUGGUUUGAACCAGGACAUGGGGAUUGGUGUACUUGUCUAGAGAAGUACACACUAUGUCGAGAUGGAAUGUAUCACAAGCAAGACCAAUUUGGGCGCCUACUCCCAACAUUCAUCCAGGUUAUCAAUUUUACUGAGGAAGAAGAAUCUGAAUAUUGGGUUGUUGUUUCUGCUGUGUUUGAGGGUAGGCAAGUGGAUUCUAUUACAUCUCGGUCAAAAUUUGACUUGGUUACAUCAACAUCUGUGGAACCUAGCAUCAAUAACAAGGUGCAUCUUUUGAGAACAAUGCUUUCCUGGGAAGAGCAAUUGCGGUCUGAAGUAAGCAUCAACCAAACAAAAAAUGAUGCAAAGCCUUAUGAUCUUCAUGGUUCUCUUAACCUUGGAGAAGUGGUAAUUAUAUGUUGGCCUCAUGGUGAAAUUAUGAGGUUAAAAGCUGGUAGCACUGCUGCAGAUGCUGCUCAAAGAGUUGGUUUGGAGGGAAAACUGGUUUUAAUUAAUGGACAGUUAGUACUGCCCGGCACAAAACUCAAAGAUGGUGAUGUUCUUGAAGUAAGAAUCUAAAUAAUUCUUUCUAAAACAAUGUAAAUAAUUCUUUACGGCUCCGAUGUGGUUACAGUAGCUGGGAUAGAAAUAGUUUUUUAUUUUAUUUGAGGGUGCGGAUUCUUGGUAGAAUAAUGUACUUUCAAGCAAAUUUAAAAUAUGGUGGCUUUAAACUUUAUUCCAAGAAUACGUUGGAUAACCACAUGUGCUAUCAUACGUUGUUAUUUUGGUUGUAUGUGUGGUUAUUACUCUUACUCAUAUCUGGAACUAAUCGGCACCAUUUGUGGUUAUUGACCACACAACUAUGGUUGUUCGUUGUAUUUGGAAUGAAGUAUUAAACCACUGCAUUUUAAAAUUUUGUUUGAUGGCACAAUAAUUUUACCGAGAUCUUUGGAAAGAGGGGGCAUGCCAGAGAAGUAGGAGUACUCUGAUACAUUUAAUUUUAUUGUUAAACAGAGGCUUAGGAUUUAUUUCUAGAAUACAGCCCUAGCAUGGUUCACUACAAAAACAACAGUGAAUUGCACCAUGCCGCGAUGCCAUUGAAAACCCAUUUUGUCCGGUUCAGUGCAUUCCCAUUUGACGACUAAGUACAACUAAGAAUUCUGUAAGCAAUUAGACGAUCUUUAUGCCCGAAUCUCAUAGGUUUUGAAGAGUAGUAAUGGUAGCAUCCUAAUGUCAUAUAUAUGCUAUCGAAUGUUUACUGUAUAAUAUUUCAAGAGUUGUUAUGGCAAGGUUUUAGCAAAAGCUUUCAUCCACCAUAUCUUUCCGAUGAGAAACAUUCCUUUGUGGUGCCUAUUCGACCAUUACGGCAGGGCUUCAUCCACUCUGUUGAUAAGCAGAGAAUAUGAUUCUUUUUGAGGAAGCAUAUUGCUGCAUUUCCUUGUUGUCUCAUGGUGACCCGAAUACCGUACAACAAAUACGGAGACAAGCUGGUAACUGUAGUCUGCAAAUUGUAUAAAAUUUGGAAGGUGUAGUUUUUUUUUUUUGGAAGUAUUUUUAGUGUUUCUAAUUUGGAAGUAUAAUAUUAUUUCACUUGAAUAAAUUUCAGUUAUACAACAUUACAUAUAUGCUCUAAGGGUUACUUUACACAAAAAGUUAUCCAAUUUUUUUU